UUUAACGCCUCAGUGCCUCUCUCCCCGUUUCAUCUAAUUUGCACGAAAAAUGAAGGCUAUUGGUCACUUUGCCGCCCACCGCCCACGUCAAUGCCUUCUUCGCCGUUCACCGCCCCACUAUCGACCACUACCUUCGUAUAUCUUCACUGGGAUGCAUUUGCCUCUUCUAUCAUCUUCAUCUUUAUCGGAAUUGCUCAGCUUCCUUCGGCAAACGCUAGAUCACUUAUAUACUGUUCGGGCUCUUUCUUCACCUCUUCAAGUUACGCUUCAACUUCUUUGAACAAUGGAUGCAAAUCAAGAUAUUACAGAAGUCACUCCCAGUACUAAAUCAUGGGGUUGCAAGGUCAUACUGAUAGAGAAGCUUAACGAGCGUCAAUCAGCAAGGGGAGUAACAUACAGGGCCAUGAUCAUGGAGGAUAGUAAAGGCCAUAAGGUGAAAAUAAUGACCUAUGGACAAGAUAUCACCAUUCUUGACAAGCGGCUUGAAGUGAACAACACAUACAAGAUUUUCAAUGCAAAGGUUUCUGAAGCCAUUCAAGGCUCAGAAGAGAAAAUCUUAAUUCAACCAAGUGCAGAACCUGAGAUGGAUCCAUUCUCUCUGUUCUACAAAGCAAUGCUUACAAAUAAAAAGAUCAAUGUACUUGCAAUUGUCAUUGCCAAACUACAGCGCAAAUUCGUCUUCACAAAAAAGGGACAAAAAAUGGCAAGUGACUUCAUAAUCAUCGACCAUGAAUGCAAACCUAUCACUUUGACACUGUGGGACACUUUCGCAGAAAUCCAGGGGUGCGAAAUUCAGCAAGCACUGCAAUCAGGCUUUUAUCCCACAAUAAUUGCAAGGAGAAUAGCAGCAACAUCUUUCAAAGGACUUUCAUUAACAACACGAUCGAAUUCAUCAAUCGAGCUAAACCCAGUCAUACCACCUACAUCAAGUUUGGAUGAAUGGAAGUCUUCAAAUACAGCUGCCAUAGAGCACGCCAUUGAAAUGAAUAAAUGGAUGGACCCCUUAUCUCUGUUUGCAAAGCCUGAAGAUAUUCAAACAACACCAAUCUCUGAAGUGGCACGUACAGAAAACGAGGAAGAUGUCCACUGGGUUGAAGGACAGUUGCAGGUCUUAGAAGCUGGAGACAUUACAUUCUACAUUGGUUGCAGCAGUUGCAAUAGAAAAUUGAACUACAUAGAAGGAAUUAAUUUUAAAUGCAUCUUUUGUGGUGACCCUGAAGCAAAAACAAUUAAGAGAUUCAGAAUUCUGGCCGAAAUAAAAGAUGAGCUUAGUGCUCUACAAGUCACACUCUUCACCGACACACUUGAAAAGAUUGUACGAGCACUUGAAUUGAAUACACCAAUGGAGUUGAUAAAAUGCGAAGAUUUGAACAACAGUCUUAAAUCUCAGAAGGUGACGGCUGCAGUGAAACUACCAACUCGCACCGAACAAACACCUGCAUCGAAGACAUUCUCAGUGCAAUGCCUUGUUACAGGCAUUCGUCAUAAUGCUUGGAUGUCGAACAUUGAGGAACCAAAAGAAGAGCAAUUGCAUGAACCCGUUAAAGAAAUCAUAUCAGUUGUGACAGUUGAGAAAGAUAAUAUUGAUCCUACAAGUGUUUCCGAUGAGGUUCCUGUUAUCGUUUUUGAUGAUUGUGCUACAGAUUUCAAGGGAAACAUAAGCUUGGCAAACCCGUUUGUGUUACCUAAUGAUGUUUCUCUACCAAGGGAUUUUCCAUUGACUAGCAUGUUUAAAGGAGUUAGGGAUCAUGUUUUACUUGAGGGUGGUAGGGGGCUGCAUUUUCUUUCCUUCGAGACGCCUUCCCUCAUCACAUUGCUUGGAGUUCUUUCUUUUCCUGGUCGAAAUUCUGAGGCUUGGUCCGUAGGUGGCCAAUUUCUUUUGUUCGCCGUUGCAUCAACUGUUUUGAAGCUUGAAUGGGAUCCUCCUCCAAACAUGGCAUACACAGGGUCAUUGCACACCUUUUGUUUUCCUACUUACACCUUGAGGACAAGGUGUGUCUCUAUCGGGGUGGCAGUGAUACAGAAAGAUUAAUUAAUAAUUUAUAUUAUUUAGUUAAUUAGAUAUUUUAAUAGUUUAGUUAGAUAGUUUAAUUAUUUUUAUUUACUUUUUAUUGUUGAGUGGAAUUAUAACACUUCUUCAAGGAUUUCUUUUUGGUUCUUUACCUCGACGCUUUUAUUGAACCGA